AUGGUCACAACGGUGUCCCAGGAAGAACUCAACACCCCUUGGACCCCAAGCCCCUCCGCUCCUAUGGCUGGGUUAUCCGACCAGUCCCCUGAGGUGGAGAACCCUCAGUCAAUAGAUGCCGAGCGCCCGCUGGAGAUGAUUCCCCACGACCCCAUCCUCAACGCUGAUCCAAAUGCUUGGUUUAUGUGGACUGGGCUGGAUGUCGACGCUUUGGAUUUUACCUUAUCGUCAGCUGUAUCGGAAUGGGCGCAAAUGCCUCCACGGCCGCCAUCUAACUCUGGUGACGUCUCCGUAUUGUUGCCACCCACACCGAUAUCUUCAGGCGCGAUACCGACAGAUGCUCAGGAGCUAGCAACUAACCUCGUACAGCAGAGAUGGUUUUCGCGGCUGACGGUUGGGCAAGGGGCACGGAACUCGCCAUGGGCUUCCAGCAAUCGUGGGGGCUGCUUUGGUGAGGGAAACGUCGCGGCUGAUGAGAAUUACCGGGCGGGCCUGUCGCAGACGCUGCAGCCUCACAUAUACGACGAGACUCUCCCGUCGUCUGACCAACUAAACCUCUUCGCGAACCUCUUCUUCAGCCGCUUCAACUCCCUCUUUCCUAUCGUACAUUCGCCUUCGUUUAAGCCCACCAAGGAGAAUUCUCUGCUCUUCGUCUCAAUUUGCUCUGUCGGCAGCCUCUUUGUAGGAUCGGCCUCUGCCGUGGCGCGAGGGAUCCAUCUUUUUGAGAGGUUGAAUAAGGCGAUUUUAGCGUCCUGGGAGACUAUCUUGUCGCACAGCUGUUCCGACGCCUUAUCAAUGGUACAAGCCGCUGUACUUGGUCAGACGUUCGCAAUUUUAUUGGGCCGUCCCAAGACUCUCAUCCUGGCAGAUGUGCUGCAUGGUACCGUAAUAGCAUGGGCGCGUGAAUGUAACAAGAACGCAAACCUGGGCCCGCGUGACGCUCCAGACCUGGACCCCGCGAUGGCUGAUCUAGAUAAGCAGUGGAGUCGGUGGGUUGAUCACGAACAGCGAAGGCGGGUGGAGAUUGCAUUGAACAUCCACGAUGCAGAGUUGGCUAGUCUAUUGCACCACGAGCCUCUCCGUAAACAUCGUCUUAACCAGUAUCCACGUGUAGCCUCUGACGCACUGUUUAUGGCACCCACCGCGUCACGAUGGGCCGAACUCUACAGAAACACGCCAACCAAGGACCCAUCGCUCUCUAAUUCACUCGAUCCGCUUCAAGCGACGGUGUCAUUCUCUAAGUUCUCAGCGUAUGGAGUCCUGGAAAGUAUCAAUGCACAUACGAUCGAAGCUCGACGAUCGAAUACGUUGGACGAACAUGAAUCUAAACAAUUGUCGAACGUCCUCAUGCGAUGGUGGAGAAUAUAUGCCAAAUACUUCCCCCUGGAUGCGGAGGACGAUCCUUUUAGCCUACCGGUCCUGUGGCACUCUGUUUUCAUUAGUAUCUAUGCUGAUAUAGACCUUCUGGAGCAAGCCAUUGGUCGAGACGGCGACAGUGCCGCUAACGCCAGCUUUUCUCUCAUUAGGUCGUGGGCUACCUCCCUCGAUGCAAGUAGGUGCUUGGUGCAUGUCUUAUUAAUACAGCGGUACCUUGAACGGAUGCGUGUCUCAUCGGAGCCGGCGAUUCAUGUACCUCGAGCUCUUUUCAGCGCAGCUCUGAGAGCUUUACGGCUCCCCGUGAACCUCAGGGACAAGGUUUCGGCGACGCUACAAUAUUGA